CAGGCAGCAGCAGUCAGUCCUCAUCCCUCCUUGUCUUUAUAUCUCCCUGCUCGUUCCGCUGUGGUGCUGUUUUUGUUACGCAGGGAAACGUUGGAAAAUCCUUAUUCUCUCAGGCUGGAUUCACUCGUUUUCACCAAUUCAUGGAGUUUAUUCCCCAGCAAGCACAGUGACUUCUUAAAAACUUCACACACUGUGCUGGGUGCUGCUCCUGGAGUCUUCAGGGGGAUGGAGCAGCGCGGAGGUGCAGGUGGGGGAACAGAGAGCCCCAGCCUUCGGGACAGCGCCAGCCCAGAGGAGAGAGGGGAGAGCCCUGCCUCCAAGUUGAGCCGUCUGGAGGUCAACGGCAGCCCAGCAGCACCGCGAACCAGACAGAACGGCACUCCGCUGAGACCACUAGGAGGUUUGAUGAUCCCAGUCUACUGUGUGGUGGAGCAUGCGGAUGUGGGCGUAGCUGGUGACUGUGAGGGGCAUGGCGACCGUCACGCUGAGUUUGUGUUGGUUCGUAAGGAUGUCCUCUUCACGCAGCUGGUAGAGACGGCACUGGUGGCUCUGGGAUACUCGCACAGCUCAGCUGUACAGGCAAGUGGCAUCAUUAAAGUGGGCAGGUGGAAGCCGAUACCCAUCCACUACCUAACGGACGCUCCAGAGGCAACAGUGGCUGACAUGCUGCUGGAUGUUUACCACAUGGUUACACUGCGGAUCCUACUGCACAGCUUUGCGCGGCUUGAGGAGCUGCCGUCAGAGCAGUGGACCCACGCCACAGUGAGGAACGCCCUCAAAGAGCUGCUCAGAGAGACCAACCAGAGCACGCUGGCCAAGGAGUGUCCUCUCUCCCAGAGUAUGAUCUCAGCGAUAGUGAACAGUUGCUACUACGCCAACGUCUCCACCUCUAAAUGCCAGGAGUUUGGACGCUGGUACAAGAGGUACAAACGCAUCAGAGGUGAAUACAUUGAGAAGAUGUGGUCAGCACAGGACAAAUCAGAUAUAAAAGUGGAGAGAGAUUUGGACUUGAGCAUCCUGAGCCAGCGUCCUCCCUCUCUCUUACCCUCCCACACCCAUUUGGGCACCCUGGGUGGCCCUGGAGCUCUGUCCAUCAAGAGUGGCCUCGGGGACACUCAGACCUCCCUGCCUCACCCCGCCAGCCAGCACCACCCCAGUCCUCCUCUGCGUCCCCAGGCUCCAUCUCUCCUGGGCCACAGCGGGCUCCUGUCCCCCCAGCUCUCCCCACAGCUCGUCCGUCAGCAGCUCACCAUGGCCCACCUCAUCAACCAGCAGCUAGCAGUCAGCCGCCUGCUCGCCCACCAGCACCCACAGGGAGUCGACCAGCGGUUCCUCAACCACCCGCCCAUCUCACGGACCUGCAAGGGCUCCGGGGCCACUGAGCCCGGCCUCAACUGCUCAGGGGCCGAAGUCUCCUUCGACAUUUACCAGCAAGUCAGGAACGAGCUGAAGAGGGCGAGCAUUUCCCAGGCUGUGUUCGCCCGCGUGGCUUUUAACCGCACACAGGGGUUGCUGUCUGAGAUCCUUCGUAAGGAGGAGGAUCCUCGCUCGGCUUCACAGUCGCUGCUGGUCAACCUGAAGGCCAUGCAGAACUUCCUCAACCUGCCAGAGGGCGAGCGAGAUCGCAUCUACCAGGAGGAGAGAGAGAGGAGCACUAACGCCAGCCACAACCACUCCUCCAUCCACAUCUCCAACACCAACACACACAGACACACACAGACAAAGGGCGGCGUGUCCGGUGCAGAGCUGCCAUUGAAGCUGGACUCACUGGUGAAUAUUACAUCAGCGAUCUACGAAGACAUCCAACAGGAGAUGAAGAGGGCGAAGGUCUCCCAGGCUCUGUUUGCCAAGGUAGCUGCCAAUAAAAGUCAGGGUUGGCUAUGUGAGCUGCUCAGAUGGAAAGAGAGCCCAAGCCCCGAGAACCGCACACUGUGGGAGAACCUGUGCACCAUCAGGAGGUUCCUGGCGUUACAGCAAACCGAAAGAGACCAGGUCUACGAAGACGAGUCGAGGCAGCAGCACAGCGACAGGCUCCACACCGUCCUGCACAUCCCAGACCAGCAGGCACUCCACAGGCAGCCCCUGCCACCUCUGACCGCUCCGUCUCCGAUUCACGAAGACCCACAGCCCAUCCCGUUGCUGGUCUCGCAUGGCUCAGAAGACGGUACCCAGCGCGGGAUGAGCCCUGGCCUUGGAGGGGGAGGACCAAAGAAGGCCCGCUCGCGGACACGGAUUUCCCUUGAGGCCCUGGGAAUCCUGCAGAGCUUCAUUGGCGAUGUGGGUCUCUACCCCGACCAGGAGGCCAUCCACACCCUGUCAGCCCAGCUAGAUCUACCCAAGCACACCAUCAUCAAGUUCUUCCAGAACCAGCGCUACAACGUCAAGCACCACAACCAGGUCAGAGAGCCCGUCCCCGGGGAGGACGACAGGGAGAGCUUGAGUCCCAGAGAGGGAGGCGUCGGCACGGUGGGGAGUCAAGGGGAGGAGGGUCUCUCUGCGUCUGAGGAGUCCAGCGAGGAUGGGAGAAGAUCAGUGGAGGUGUUCAGAACAGAGGGAGGAGACGGAGGAGAAGAAAGAGAUGUGGAAAUGCAGGUAGAGAAGGAAGAGGGGGAUGAUGGGAAAGCCUCAGGGCCAGCGACUUCCUCCCUGUCCCCCUACAGCAGUCUGGACAGCCCCCACUCUGCUGAGCAGAGAUAACAGCAGAGAAACAAAACGGAGGGAACUGAAGAAAACAUUAGAUGGAAGCAAACACCGUCAAACUGUGAAGCCCACACACAGACAAUCUGUGAAUAAACACACAUUUUCAUUAACUUUACCAGAGCUGAUCAUCAGAGCUCGUUAAUAUCUGAAUAAAAAUAACUGUGGAAAAAUAUUUAAUUAAGUUUGACUGAAAAGAGAUCCAAAGGUACUACCACUACCUUCAGAUACUACCAGUGUUUUUGGUUUGAUGCUGCCUGUAGACGAUAUUUGGGAUCAUUUUCAAUACCACUUAAAGAAAAAACAUAAUUCCUCCUAAUUUUUCAGUGUUUCAGCUAGUUGUUUUUUUUUCUGGUGAGGAUGGGAACGCAUUUCAAACAGCAUUAGAUCACCACUACUCUAUGCUGAAACACAAUAGAAUUCUUUGAGUUGGGUUACCAAAAUCACUUUCCUCUGUAAAGGCUUUAAAGGUGACUGUAAAGACUGUAAACUACUCCUGCAGCACAAUCCACUUCUUUUACACAGCUAUGCAGUUCCUUCAAAAUCAUCAUCUAAAUGCAAUAGUGCAACAUGGAAGAUGUGUAUUUUGACGAAUGGAUACUGAAUGGACAGAAGAGAAGUGGAUCAUACUGCAGGAGUGGUUUGAGAAGUUUCAAUAAUUGUUUUUCCACCAUAAAAAUCUUCAGCCACCUUUUAAGCUAAAAAGUGGUUUAUGUUUAUUUAUGUAUGUUUUUGUUUGUUUACAGGCUAAAUGUUUGAUACUCAAAAGAGUUUGGCAUUUUCCUUUAAGGUAAGGCGAGGCAGGCAGUUUAGUCCAAAUGUAAUUGAAUUUGACAUUUUCUCACAAGAAAAUCGAUGAGUUUGUGACUAGAAAUACUGAAAGCGAAGAAACUGGCUUCAUUCUCUGGUCCAUAAGUAAACUUUGUUUACUUCUCAAGCAACUUUUGAGGAAAAUUUCAGUCCCACUGUGACUCACAAGCUCCUUGAUGUAACAUAGAUGACAUUAAAUGAACAAACCUGGAGUUGCAGUUUGCCCACUUAUAACAGCAGUCUGAGAACACGUCAAAUGCCAAACAGUUUUGAGUUUUAAAUUGGCACCAAGGAUAAACCGUACUGACAUUGGGCAGUAGUACCUCAUGAGAAGGGUAUUCACCUUUGGGGAAAUAGAGGCAUGCAGGGCAAUUACACUAGAACCUCCACCCAAACUCCAUCCAAACUGAAGGCAAUUUUACAUUUGUAAUCUGUGAUUUAAAAAAAUAAAUAAAAUGCUUUAGGAGGUCCCUGCAGCAGCUGAGUGUGAAACUCAAGCCUUUACUGACAGUAAAUGAGUUCCUUUCUGUUAAUAUUUAUUACUAACUUUAUAUUUACUAAAAUCUGAAUAUUGUUGUAAUUAUAGUUUUGCUAUUAUUUCCUUUGAUAUGACCACAGAUGUCUUUGUAAAUGUGACAAAAGCGGACGAGCAAGUCUGAGGAAGUUUGAACUCAGUGUUACACAGUUUAAGUUUUAAAAGUAUGAGCCUUUUAUUUACUAUUUCUAAAACAGACUGGAAGAGAAAUUAUCCAACAUGAAACUGUUUUCUACUGGACAUUUAUGUACAUUAUGAUGUAAAUGUUGACAAUCCACCUGCAAAACUGAAUCCGUCGUCCAACGUGGGAUUCAACCACUGUCACUUACACUGUUUUGUGUAAUUUGUGCCACAAAGGAACAGAGCAUGGAAACACAUUAUUUGCAUUCUAUUUCAGUUUGACAGUCGUCUCUGUCCUGGAUGGAGCACACAAAGUUUCUCAUUUGUUCUACUUUGAUGUUUAACCGUUGUUCUUUGAUUUUGUUGUGGGCAGGACAUGAAAAUCUGAUAAAACUUUUCCAAAGUA